AUGUAUCGGUUAUCAACGCGCGAAUUACAAGAGCUGAAACAAACUCUUGACGACUUACUCUCGAAGGGUUGGAUUCGCCCAUCAGCAUCUCCUUAUGGUGCACCGGUACUUUUCGUCGCCAAGAAAGAUGGAUCAUUACGAAUGGUCAUCGACUACAGAGCGUUGAACAGCAUAACUAUCAAGAAUAGUUAUCCCUUGCCACGCCAAGACGAGCUGUUCAACCAACUGCAAGGUGCUAAGGUGUUUUCGAAACUCGAUUUGCGAUCAGGCUACCAUCAAAUUCGUGUACAAGAGCAGGACGUACCUAAAACGGCUUUUCUCACACGAUACGGCUUGAUGGAAUGGACCGUGCUUCCAUUUGGCUUGACAUCGGCACCUGGUACUUUCAUGCAAUUGAUGAAUGACAUCUUCCGUGACUACUUGGAUCAAUUCGUUGUUGUUUACCUUGAUGACAUUUUGGUAUAUUCGAAAAACGUUGACGAUCACGUUGAGCAUGUACGAUGCAUCCUUGAACGGCUUGCCGAUCAUAAGCUCUAUGCCAAAAAGUCCAAAUGUCAAUUCGGUAUGUCAGAACUCGAGUUUCUUGGCCAUAUCGUUACCGAUCAAGGUUUAAAAGCUGAUCCUCGUAAAGUCAAAGCUGUCGCCGAAUGGAAGACCCCUCAAAACGUACGAGACAUCCAAUCGUUUCUAGGCCUGGCAAAUUACUAUCGUGCUUUCAUCCGUGACUUCGCUACUGCUGCUGCUUCUUUGAACUACCACUUGCGUAAGGACGUCCCUUGGCAUUGGGGUGAUGAAGCUCAAAAAGGAUUCGACACCUUAAAGCAGCGGUUAUGUUCAGCACCAGUACUCGCAUUGCCAGACCCUGAAAAGCGUUUUCACUUACAUACGGAUGCCUCAUCGGUUGCUGUUGGCGGUGUGCUCUCACAACCUGGAGAUGACGAUCUUCAUCCUAUUGCUUACGCAUCACGUUCGUUGAAAGAUGCUGAGUUCAACUAUCCUGUACACGAGCUUGAAUUGUUGGCAAUCAAGCAUUGUCUUGAUGAAUGGCGACACCAUUUGGAUGGACCACGUUUCACGGUGUAUACGGAUAAUCGAUCUCUUGCUACGUUGAAGACCAACACGAAUCUUUCAAAACGGCAAAUCAGAUGGCUUCAAGAGUUCCAAUCUUAUGUAUUCGAUAUACAUCACAUACCUCGGGAACGCAAUCACGCUGCUGAUGCUCUUUCAAAAAGACCACCAGCUGAGCCAUCUCAUCCAAAUGCAAGUUUCGAAUUGCAUACGACAACGUUGAGAAUCAUUCGGAAAUCGCUCUCUCCGGAUAUUCUACGAUUAUAUCAUAAGGAUGAAUUUUGCAAAGAAAUCCUCCAACGUUUACGUACAGAGGACGAUCCAACUUUUUCAAAGGGGGAUGAUGGUCUCCUUAUUCGCCAAGCAGCAAACGGUGUCGAGCAAGUUGUUGUACCACGCAUGUCACAAUUGCUCACCAGCAUCCUUCACGAGAAUCACGAUUCACCCGAAGCUGGUCAUCGAGGUAUUGAUACAACAAUGGAACGAAUCCAAAGAUCAUACUAUUGGCCAGGGAUGCACAAGACUGUUCGCCGCUAUAUCGCUACGUGUGACACCUGUCAACGCACCAAAGCAUCGAAUGCUAAACCUGCAGGCUUGUUACAACCUUUACAGUUAGCUACGGAACGCUGGCAAUCGAUAUCGGUUGACUUUAUCACACACUUACCAAUGACGCAAAAUGGGCACGAUGCCAUAGCCACUUUUGUUGAUCGAUUCACAAAACGUGCACACUUCGCCCCAUGCAAGACGACUGAUACGGCUGAAGAUUUUGCUCAUUUGUUCCUACGUGAGAUAUAUCGUCAACAUGGCCUUCCAUCCAACAUUGUCUCUGACCGUGAUCCUAAGUUUACCUCACGUUUUUGGGCUGCGGUGUCUUCAAUGUUGGGUACGGCACGCCAUAUGUCGUCCGCAAGUCAUCCACAAAGUGAUGGGCAAACUGAACGAACGAAUCGUACUAUCGAAGAGCUAUUACGUUGCUAUGUUGCCUACGACGCCAACGAUUGGGACUUGUGGAUACCUGUUCUUGAACAUACGUAUAACGAUUCGUUGCAUACGUCAAUUGGAAUGACUCCUUUUGAAUGCGAUUUGGGUCGUUCACCUUCUUCGUUAUUGACUGCUAAGUUGGCGCUCCAACGAUUGGAAGCUGCGGUGACAAGGCAGAAAACAUACGCUGAUACACGACGUCGUGAGUUGUCAUUCGACAUUGGCGAUUUGGUGUUGGUCGACUUAAGUGUGAUAAACCCUGACGUGUAUGCAAACGCACCAAGCCGGAAAAUUUUGCCACGAAGGCAUGGCCCGUUUAAGGUUAUUCAACGCAUUGGUGACGUCGCAUACAAGGUUGAUCUCCCCACCACUAUUCGUGCUCACAACGUGUUUCAUGUUUCUGUACUCUCUCGUUAUCAAGAACCGGAUGAGCCUUCUCGACGACCAGAGAUGCCUCCACCAGUUAUCACGAAUGAUAACGAUGACGAAAAUGAGUGGGAAGUUGAACGCAUUCUCAACGUACGUAUUCGUGGAAGACAAAAGAAGAAACAAUACCUCGUCAAGUGGGUUGGUUAUCCUUUGCACGAUGCAACAUGGGAACCUGAGUCAAAUUUGGUUACUGCAGCCGACCUCGUGGCCGAGUUUGAAACCUAUCACGCACGCCGCCCACAACGUAAAACGCGUAAGUAA